AUGUUUAAAUCAAUAACAUUAAGAUGGAUUACACAGAUAAUAAUAGUGCUAUGUAAUUUAAUUGGAUUAGUUAUUUUCUUACGAGGGUUUUUCCCAUCAAAAAUUGUUUUACCUGGUCAUAAUACAUUUUCAAAUGAUUCAAAUCCAUUUUUAUAUGACAAUAAACCACAAUUUGAUAAAUUUAUACUCAUGGUAGUAGAUGCAUUGAGAUCAGAUUUUUGUUUUAGUAAUGAAUCAAAUUUUCAUUUCCUUCAUAAUUUAAUUAAUAACGGUAAUGCCAUUCCAUUCACUGCUUUUUCAAAUCCCCCCACGGUUACAUUACCAAGAUUAAAAGGUAUAACAACUGGAGGAACACCUAAUUUUCUUGAUGCGAUUUUAAAUGUUGCUGAUGAUAAUGAUAAUUCUCAAGGGUUACAUAAUCAAGAUUCAUGGAUAUAUCAAUUUCAAACAAAUAAUAAUAAUAAUAAUAAUAAUAAGAUUAUAAAUUUCUUUGGUGAUGAUACUUGGUUAAAAUUAUUUCCUCAUCUGUUUAAUGAAUUUGAAGGAACUAAUUCGUUUUUUGUUUCCGAUUUUGCUGAAGUUGAUAAUAAUGUGACGAGACAUUUAGAUACACAAUUAUUGAAUAAUCAAUGGCAUGGUUUAAUUUUACAUUAUUUAGGAUUGGAUCAUAUUGGACAUAAAGGUGGUCCAAAUUCAAUCUAUAUGAAACCAAAACAAAUUGAGAUGGAUAAUAUAUUACUGAGGUUGUAUAGUUAUAUUUUGAAAAAUCAAGAUACAUUGAUUAUAUUAAUGGGUGAUCAUGGAAUGAAUGAUAUUGGAAAUCAUGGAGGUAGUUCAAUUGGUGAAACUUCAGCUGCAUUAAGUUUAAUCUCACCUAAAUUCAAUGUGAAACAAAAAUCUCCAUUACCUAAAAAUCAAAAUUUUGACUAUUAUCAUAAAAUUAAUCAAAUUGAUUUAGUUCCUAUAUUAUCCAGUUUAUUAAAUUUCCCAAUUCCAAAAAACUCAUUAGGUGUAAUUUCGAAAGAAGUAUUGACAUUAUGGCCAGAAAGUCAAAGAUUGAAAAUCCUUAAAGAAAAUAGUAAACAAAUUAUGGAUUUAUAUGUUGCAAAACACGGUCAAACUGAAAAAUAUGAAAAGUGGACAAAUUUAAAAGAUGGAUUAGAUGAGCAUUAUGAAUUAUUAUAUGAAAUUCAACAGGAAAUGACUACAUCGGCUACUAAUUAUAAUUAUCACGAUAUUAUUUUGGGAAGUGCAAUUUUAUUCAUAUCUACCAUAAUUACAAUCAUCACUUUUAAUAUUUAUUUUUUCAAUGUUAAUAAUAUCAAUAUUGGUUUAAUUGUAUUUUACGAAUUAUUUGUUUUAUUAUAUUCUUUACAUUUUCAUGGAUCUUCAUUAAUUGAAGAAGAACACCAAUUAUGGUAUUUUUUCACAUCUAUUACAUUAUUAUACCUUGGUGCAUAUUAUUUUGAUGCUUUCAAAUCAGUUCAAAAUAUGGGAUUAUAUUUAGUUUUAUUGGCUUGCGUUAGAAUAAUUCGUUCUUGGAAUAAUAGCGGUCAAAAAUAUUCAUCAAAUUUCAAUAUUGCAUAUUUUUUGACAGAGAAUAUUACAUUGAUGUGGAUAUUAAUUGCAUUGACGUAUUUUGUCAUUACAUUAGCUGUUUAUGUUCAAGGUGGUGUUUUAUCUACUUUUCUUUAUGUUUAUAAAAAUUUUACAGAUGCAGGGACAUUAAUUUCAUUCAUUUGUAUAUUUGUAUCAAGUACAAUUUCAUUCCUGUUUAAAAUCCUUCAGAGUUAUAUUGAUGGUAGAGAACUUCCAGCACCUGCUAGAUGGUUGUUAAUUUGGAUUUUGCAUAGUUAUCAUAUAGAACCAAACACCAGCGACAUUAAAUUCAAAUUACAAGAGAUAAGUAUUUCAGUUUCACGAUUAGCUACUGGUUUUAUAUUUGGUACAAUGUUUUUAAGAAUUGUAUUUGGUACAUUAAGAAAGAUCAGACAUGGAACAAUAACAGAUAUAUGUAAUAUCAUUACAUUAUUUUUAAUUCACCAAACUAAACAAGAAAACAUACCUAUCUUCCUCAUACUUUUCAUUUCCAAAUUCAUAAUCUCAAAAUUAACAUACAAGAAAUCAUUAAACAUAGAUCAAUAUAUCCUAACUGUCUCCACCUUAAUCUUAUGUUUUCAAAAUUUAACAUUUUUCAGUUUUGGAAAUACAAAUUCAUUAGCUACUAUUGAUUUAUCAAAUGCAUAUAAUGGUGUAGAGUCGUAUGAUGUAUUCCUUGUUGGUUUAUUAACAUUUGUUUCAAAUUUUAGUGGUGUUAUAUUUUGGUCAUUAAGUGGUUUACAAUUACUUUUUGAAUCUAGUUUACUUAGAUUUGAAGGAGAUCUGAAAUAUGAUUUAAUACAUUAUCCAAGUUUAAAAAAAUCAAUAUUUUGGGUUAAAAACUUGAUUACAUUAUUCUUUUAUGCCGUUUCAGUAGUUAAUUUGAUUGGAUCAUGUAUAAAUCUUAGAUUUCAUUUAUUUAUAUGGACGGUAUUUUCACCUAAAUUAUUAUAUUUUGGAGCUUGGACUUUAUUUGUAAAUAUUUUAGUAGAUUUAUUUAUAUCUUGGAUAAUUAUAUAUAUAUAA